GCACUAUUCACGCUACGAAAGAACAAUACAACAUACAAAUGGGUACGAUGCACCAAAUAAAUAAUUAAUACAUCAAUUGGUUAAUCGUCGUGUUUAUAUCGACGCUGUAAUAAUAUAGAUCUACCGACAUCAAUAUAGUUAGUACUUCCAUUCCGUUCAGAGGUGUUAAGCAUGCUUGAUUGGAUAAUAACUGGACAUUGAAUGAUAUUCCGGUAUAACAAUGAAUGACUGUAUGUAAUCAGAAAUACCAUGAAAAUAGUCUAUAUACACAUUUCCUGGACUACGAGAGUCUUCAUGUUAUCUCAAGAUUGGACAUAACAACUUGGGAAAACGGCCAGCAGGCAAGAUAAAUUAUACAACUGCGGACGAAAAUGAGGAGCUGGGGACUAUGUUGCGAUAUAUACUUGUAAUUAAUUUAACUUUUUAUAGUAUAAAUUGGGCAUUAAUAAUGAUCUAAUGAGAAUAAUGUUUUUUCAACACGCAUGUCAAUGCCUUGCUUUAAAAAAGUUUCAAAGAUUUAAACCAUUAAGAUGGAACUGCUUCAACUAGUAUGGCUACUGACCGGAACGUGCUUCUGGUGGAAGUUUUGCGCGUGUGGCGCGUCGAAAAGGACAUUAUCACCAGAGCAAAGAUUGUUAAAGGACUUGAAGAUGGAUUACGAUACCAACAUUAUACCAUCUUAUGACGGAUCACAGCUGAGGGUUACUAUGGAUAUGGCGUUAAAUCAGAUAGUUGAUGUGAACGAGAAGAAUCAAAUGAUCAUAACUAGCGUGUGGUUACGAUUUGCUUGGGUGGACGAGUAUUUGCAGUGGAAUGAAACAGAGUAUGGCGGUGUUAGCAAAGUUCACUUCCCUCCAUCUGAGAUAUGGGUGCCAGACAUAACACUUUAUGAUGACGUUGGGGGACAGUACUAUGACACUGUGACGUAUAGAGUGAUGGUCUAUAGUAACGGAGCGGUGUAUUGGAACAUUCCAGCGCGGCUCCAAAGUUCAUGCAAGAUGGACGUCCGAUUUUUCCCCUAUGACACACAAAAAUGUCGCUUAAAGUUUGGCUCCUGGGGCUAUGAUGGGCUAGAACUUGACCUCGUUAACAAAUCUAGUUCUGCAGACAUCGCACCUUUUAUGGACAAUGGGGAGUGGUUUUUGAAAAGAGUAUCCGCAGAACAAAACAUUUUGUAUUAUGGGUGCUGCGUUGAGCCCUAUCCAGACGUCACUUACUAUAUUAUUAUUCAACGACGGCCGUUGUAUUACGUGUUCAAUCUGUUGCUACCAUGCGUCUUCAUAAUGGGCGUUACUCCAUUUUCCUUUCUGGCUUCACCGGCGUCUGGGGAGAGAAUCUCGCUCACGAUCACCUGCCUCUUGGCACUCACAGUCUUUCUAUUGUUCGUAGCCGAAACUCUGCCUCCGCAAUCUGAGGUUUUGCCGCUUGUAGGUGUGUAUUUUGCUGUUGCCAUAGCGGAUUUGGCCUUAGCUAGUCUAGCUGCUAUUAUAUCUGUGCAUUUAUACCACCGAGGACACAGGAGGGACGUCCUUCCCAAGUGGGCGAAAUCUUUUUUUCAUGGCCUGGCUUACCUCAUGUGUGUCGGCGACAGGUACCCUGACAAAUCUAAUAAAAAGAAAAUGAAAGAAUAUGAUAACAAAGCAUUGGAUAUCACAACGGAGGAAACGAUACUCCCCAAUGGAAUAAAAGACACGUGUAUUGUUACAAAUGGAUUUGACCACAAGCAACAACAAACAAAGCAUGAUACAAAGACAGAUAAUAAACUCGUCUCUAACAAGUACGACAAAGAACUGAUGGAUUUAAUACGAGACAUCGAUGAGCAUUUGAAACGCUUUCAAGAACAGAGAGAGAAAGCUAAACGGAAAGACGAAAACAAAAAAGACUGGAAAAUGGCGUCAAAUGUUUUCGAUAGAUUCCUCUUCUUUGUGUUUUUGCUGUUUACCAUAUGCGCCAGUAUAUUUUUCCUUGUCUAUGAACCGAGAAGCGAUGUAUAGGUGUCACUAGUGUAUAAUUGUUUCAAAGUUCAAGUACAUGUACCGCAAGACGAAGGCAGGUUGUAAAAUAUGGAGCUGAAAAUGUGAAUGUCUCUGGCUACCAUUCACCGGUAAAUGUACCAAGGAUUGGUGGUGACGUUGGUCAUGAAUGUCUGUUCUGUAAAUUGUAUGGAGAUCGAUAAGGCUGCGCAUCUUGUUUGACUGAUAAAUGUUAAGCUAACGCCCAAGGCCCCGGGCCCAAGGCAAGGCAAGAAAAAACGUGAUAAUUCAGAUGGACAGUAGUAAAGCCAAGGAUAAUGGCCCGAUGCAGUCUUGCUUUAUAUACCUACUUCCCAGAUCAAAAGCUUGUAUCUUGUAUGUCAUUGAGCCGGGAGUGAUGCAAGACUUCGACAAAUGUAACAGCUUACUUUAGAGCACAGUAAAAGAUUUACAAUUAGUAUAAAACGAUUGCAGAUCAUAGAAUAUCAGUGUCAAAUUUAUAGGUCACCUCCUAUGUAUUCACUGUACAGCUACUUCAUAUUGCAUGAUUUUUACACCACCCUUCAUAAGUUUCGCAACCGAAAUGGGACGGUUACCAAACUUUUAGGGUGGAGUGUAAAACCGUAUGAAUGAAAAUAAGAGCAUGUCAUUGUCACUUAACAGGUCAACGAGGUCAAAGGUAUCAAAAGAGAAUAUGGUUUCAGUAUAUGUGUAGUGUGGAACGUUGCUCAAAGAGGUUCAAAGGCAUAUAGCAAAUCGUACCUUUACAUUGUAUCUAUCAAUGGAUUACGAAGCAACAUGUAUCUUCUAAAAAUACCAUAUCUUAUCUAGAAGUAGUUCUAAAAUGUCAAUUUUUACAAAAGUAGCCUAUGACAAAGUAUGUAUAGUUUAGUUUAGUCGUUUAUAUACCAACAGGGGCGGAUCUGGGAACCAACAAGGGGGGGGGGGCAAAUUCCAGGUCAGAGAAAAAAGUCCCGCGUUUGCGCGAAACAAAAUUUUGGGCCCCUAAAACCCAAAAGUGGGCCCAAAUUUUGAGGCCCAUUUUCUUCAAAAUUUGGCCUGAAAUUA